CCCACAGUAGCUCAGAUGCGCCAAUAUGACACUGACAACUUUUCAGGAAGUAAAAGUGCAACCUCUGAGUCGUCAUGCAUAUUUGACAUUAAAUUAGUCGCGUUUUUUUAAAUCUACAAAGAGGAACUGAAACCCACUGAUCCCUUCGAAUGAGAAGCAACAUAUUUCUAAAUGCGCACGCACUUGGUCACGAUACUGAAGCUGAAACGUUUAUUUAAAAGCCUUCACUGUCAAAGCCACGCUGGUAUUGUUUUCACUUUGUGAGUCUGUGUGCGAGACAUGGUGGCAAUAAUGUGGUCUUGGAGACGCCUACUGUAGCAGGAAGUACAACAGGCUGUUCUGUCUGUGACGGCAUCGCAAGAUCUAGUCAAGAAACUUAACACGUGUAGUUGUGAUCAAAGUGAAGGUUGAGUGCCUGAUUUUUUUGCCUGAUUUUGAUGAGGUGGCUCAAGAUGGUCUCAAAACAAACCUCAGCAAUAAUCCAACCCCUUACUUUCUCAGGCUAACUGCUCUUUAGCUGAGACCACACUAUUGACACUCGGAGUACUUACUUUUACUUAUUUUGAUGAUCUAAGUACUGUACUUAUGUACACUUUGGCUGUCUCUCUUUAUCUCUCUAAAUAUAUACACACCACUUGUAUUUGACAGCUUUAGUGACGUGUUAAUGAGUUGCAUGAUGGGAGAUGAUUUUAGAUCGCAAUACUUCCUCCACCACGGCCAUCUUUUUAAUUUUUAAGAUGAACUAAAGCCUUAAAACGUCCAGCAGGAGACCUUCGUGAUGUGACCCGGCCAAGGUCAGCGGCUACCGAAUGUUUACAUCUCUCACCUAACUAUGUGGCCGGAGGAGUUUGGAGUGGGUGGGCCCUUCGAUGAUGUGCUCACAAAGUCCACACUGUCCAGACGGUCCUGUGCACACCUAGUCCCACCCCUCGGCUGCCUACCUCUCCCCCUCCUGCGCUCCCCGGGACUCUUCUCCUGCUCCUCUUCCAUGGUCAGCCACUCGUUUGAAGUUCCAAGGAGUUUUGGGAACGUCUUUUCGCUCGUCCCUCACAGCCACCAUGGUUCACAGCAGCAGCAUCUGUAGAUUCCUCCUUCUGGUGCUCCUAAGCCUCUCGGUAGCCUUUGUACACACAGAGACAGUCGCAGACUCAACAACCAGAGACAACCAGGACACCAUGUCUGGAGAACCACCCAGUGACGUUACCACCAAAGACCCUUUCCAGGACAUGACGGAGCAGUCCUUCACCUUCGACUACGAGGACACCACACACUCUCAGGACCUGGACGAGGAGGAGGGGGUCCUGGGGCCAGGAGCCAUCACAGCCAUUGUUAUAGCGGUCUUCCUGGGAGCGUCUGUCCUUCUCGCCCUCAUCGUCAUCACGCUCAGGAAAUUCACCGCCUCCUAGAGUCAAUACAUCCCACCUAGUA